AUGAAGGCAGCUCUGAUCGUCGUUGAUAUGCAGGAGGACUUCUGUCCGCCGAAUGGGUCCCUCGCUGUAAAAGGAGCCCGGGAUCUGACUCGCACGAUAAACUCACUCCUAGCCCAUCCUGGAUUUGUAGUUCGCGUUGCGUCGCAGGACUACCAUCCACCAGAUCAUAUCUCCUUUGCACCAAACCAUCCCGCGCCUAACAACCGCCCCUUUGAAUGCAGUGUCGAGAUGACCAAUCCCGCUCCCGAAAAGGAGUCCGAGACGAAGCAGCAGAUACUCUGGCCGGUACAUUGUGUCCAGGAAACUCCGGGGGCCAAUAUUAUUCCCGAAAUCGACACGAGCAAUAUCGAGUUGAUUAUUAAGAAAGGCAUGCAUCCCGGCGUCGAGAUGUACUCCGUAUUUGCGGAUGCGUUUGGCAACCAAGAUCCUGCACUAGUGUCGCGGUCUGUUGAUGCCAAUCUCCGCUCGUUUCUAAAUGACAGGGAUGUCACAGAUGUAUUUGUUGUUGGAGUGGCGGGGGAUGUUUGCGUUAAAUUCACAGCGCUGGACGCUGCCAAAGCAGGAUUUCAGAGCCAUGUUAUAGAGGAUGCGACCGCGUGUGUUGUACCCGGACCCGGAUGGGAGCAGACAAAGCAAGAGUUAACGACAGCUGGGGUAUCAAUUGUUCGGUCCGAUGGUCCUGAAAUUGCUGGUCUUGUUUGA